GUCGGCCGCUGGUUGAGGCAGCUUGGAUCACCACCCAGCAGCUUGAAGUAAAGUGCGCGCAGCUUGUUCAAUUAGAUUGAAAGGCAAUGGCGGCCGGGGUGAUCUGAUCGUGUUGAUGGAAAGCAGCCAGCUGAAGAAGCUGGCUCUCCUGCUGAGGAACAAGGAGGAGCCACUGAUGAGCCGGGUGGCCAAAUCGGAGAACGAACGCGUCAAGUUCCUGAAAAACGUCAACGGCGCAUACGACAAGGCGGUGAGCCUGCUGGACGACAGCGCCGCCAUGAAGGAGAAGUACGCCGGAGAAGGAGGCCACAAGGCUGGCAUCGCCGCGGAAGUCGCCGACUACGUCAAGCACUGCCUCAACAUGGCGAUGCAGAAUGUCCGUGACUGCAGCCUGCGGGUGAGGUGCGUGGACAAGAUGAGGGCGCACUAUGAGUCCCUUGCCACGGAGGUCGCAGAGCUGGACCUGGAGGAUGCGCCCAGCGUCGAGCGCCUAGCUGUGGACACGGCCAAGCUGAACAAAUGCAUGCUGGAGUACUUGAGAAAGUACCGCAGCCCCUCGGCCCGGGCGUCCUCCAAGUUGUACUCCAUGGUGCUCAAGCAAGAGGGGGUCAAGUUCCCGGACCUGGUGAGCAGGCACCAGGGCGAGCUUGGCUUCGAGGGCGCGUUCGAGGACCUGACAGAGGCGCAGAAGCUCGAGGUUUACAACAGCAUCAUCGAAGAGUCCGGCCGGGCAACCGGAAUACAGGUGGUGGGCGCGACGCUGGGGGUGGCCGUGCUGUUCGUGGCCGCCGGGCUUAUGGUGUGGGACAUAUUCACGGCGGCGCACAAGCUUGAGACCGUGCUCCACAGCAGCGUCAACGCGCUGUCGGCCGUCGGCGCCUUCGCCGUGCAGGUGGCGGUGGAGGGCGCCAUCGCGGAGGCGGUGGUGGACGUGGAGAUGGGCGUGUUCCUGGUGUCGCUCGCCGGGUUUGUGGCCUGUAGUGUGGCUGGCCUCGUCUUUACUGCCGCCGGUGGGUUGCUGAUUGAAAUGAUCCUUGGUUCAGGAGGCUCCAAGGCGCCUCCGGUCGCCGACCUUAGCUUCCAUACUGCACCCACGCCUGACGGCAUGGCUAUUGCCUACCAACUCGCUCAUGACUGAUCGACGACGGUGGCAUGCAUCUCUCCGUUGUUUCCAGUUAUAAAUGCAUGUGUGUUUUGCGAGUACCUAGAUUACUGUGGCCCGCACGGUUGUGCACUUAAAUGUUUGUUCCGCCACUUACCUAGAAUAAUAAAUAAGCUGCCAGAUCGAUCGUAGCCGUUCCUCGAGUAAAUAAAAAUGCUUGUUUGCCA